AUUUAAUCCGCCUGCCUUGGUGGUGUACUUUAGGAUUGGGUAUUUCUCUGGUCGUUCAAAUAUUUCGCUCAGCCUCUGAAUUUAGUGUUAGUAUCGCUGCUUUACCGGGACGGUCGCCUGUUUGUUACCGGGACAAGGUCGCUAAAAAAAAUGGGAGCCAGAGAUGACGAAUACGAUUAUUUAUUCAAAGUUGUUCUGAUCGGAGACUCCGGAGUGGGUAAGAGUAACCUGCUGUCUCGUUUUACUCGUAAUGAAUUUAACUUGGAAAGUAAAAGUACCAUCGGUGUGGAAUUUGCCACCCGGAGCAUCCAGGUUGAUGGCAAGACUAUAAAGGCUCAGAUCUGGGACACGGCUGGACAAGAGAGAUACAGAGCCAUCACAUCUGCUUAUUAUCGGGGUGCUGUGGGUGCACUUCUAGUUUAUGACAUUGCUAAACAUCUGACCUACGAGAACGUAGAGCGUUGGCUUAAGGAAUUAAGAGACCAUGCAGACAACAACAUUGUAAUAAUGCUGGUUGGGAACAAAAGUGAUCUGCGUCAUCUCCGUGCUGUCCCCACAGACGAGGCAAGGGCAUUUGCAGAAAAGAACAAUCUGUCAUUCAUAGAAACCUCUGCACUUGAUUCAACAAAUGUGGAGGAAGCCUUCAAGAACAUCCUUACAGAAAUCUACCGCAUAGUGUCACAGAAACAGAUUGCAGAUAGGUCAGCUCAUGAUGAGUCUCCUGGUAACAAUGUGGUGGAUAUCAGUGUCCCUCCAACCACGGACGGGCAAAAAUCCAGCAAACUGCAGUGCUGUCAGAACCUGUGAUUUGGACCUGACCUAGUCUGGGCUUUUGCUGAAGAAUCCCUUCCAAAAAAUGAUCCUUUUUAACCAUUCACUUUCCCUUCCUUUCGGUUAACCAGAGGUUGGAGCCGGGCAUCCAGCUGUAGUGUUUGAAAUCCACUCCGCUCAUUUGCUGGAUUAUCUCAUGCACCGGGUGAUGCUUACUCGCUGCAAGGAAUUUUGCUUGUUUCAAGGACCCUAAUUCAUUGGAGGGCUGUCUGAUUUAGGAGCUUUUUCACUCCUUUCAAGCAAGCCUGGGACUGCUCCAUAGUCUGUAUAGCACUGUCAUUGUUAGGGUGUCUUUCUCACUGGCUUUUUAUCCACUUCCAAAUGUAUCUCCUUAAGGGUGAUCUCUCAUUUGAAGAAAUUACAGACCAUUAAUUUUAUGUUUUUUAUUUUCACUGCUUACUACUUGCCAAGGGUAUUUCUUUACCAGUAGCAUUUCGACCUAUGUCCCUACAGUCUCAUUUUUGCCUAAUGCUCUGGAAAUGCUGUUUCUCCUACCAGUCCUGCCAAGCAUGUAAUUUUGCAGUGGUUUGCAAAUGAAAUAUUAGGGACUGUUGACUCAGAAAAAAUACCCUUGUCUCAUUGAUUGAGAUAUACCGGAGGCGUCCAACAUCAGUUCUGCAAUAACAGCAGCUGCACUGCGUAAACUACAGGUUAGCCGUCUGGUUAGAGCUGGAUAUGUAUAAACAACGUAAACAAUAUUAUAUUAGCAGAUUAAGAGGUUGCAUAGCAGCACCAUGCAUUUGAACUUAAAAGUAUGAAAUGACUUGCAUACUAUAUUCUGUAGGCUACAUAAAGUAGGUACAGUAUUGUAGGUUGUGAUGUUCUCAUUCCUAAGAAUCCCUUAUGCCCUUGCACUCCUUUAUCCUUUUCUAGUUGAUUUUCUUGAUGUCCCUUACUGCAUGUGCAUUGUUAAGUAGAGGGACUAUUGCCUCUGUUGUCCUGAUUGUACUGUAUAUGACAAUAAUUGUUUCAAAAUAUCAUGCAAUGCUUUUUUAAAGACUAUUGUAUGCAUUAUUAUAGCACACCAUAGACACUUCACAGCAGUUCUGUAACAUCUACAGUCAUUUGAUCUAGGCACCAUUGUUUCCUCUUGCAGGGCUGUUAAUAAGGGGAGCAGAACACUAACCAGCAUUGUGAAUUGAGUUACCAACUAUUAAACAAAAUUGUCUUUUUUUCUGAACUAGGUGGUUCAUCUAUAUCGUUAUUCCGAUACAUUGUGCUCAAUUCGGAUGUCUAUAUAUAAAUUUGUAUGGAUAUCUAUAAA